AUGUCUCAAGAAUCAAACUCGGGCAACUGGCGGCAAGCAGGUCGAUCAUUAGCAAUCAUCGCUUCUAAUGCUCCAGUCGAAUGCCGCGACAGAUUUGACCUGGAAGGCCUUGUUGCAGCAAUCAAACGCUUGCUAACGAUUGAGCAAACCGAAAUCCAAACUGAUGCCAUGAGAGCUUUGGUGCCGUUUCUAACAUCUGUAGAAAGAAUACAGGUGCUCAACAAGGAGAACAUGUGGAUGGCUCUUCUUCGGGCAAGCUUACGAUCUGGAGUGCCUUUGUUGGAACAGUUCUGUGCCAAUUUGCUUCAGACAGCGCUAGAUGCUGUGCCAGGUGCCGUACAAUUCAGCAGGGAAGCAAUGAUGCUACUUGCGGAAUUGUCAAGAAAGCAUCAUGAACAGCAAAUGAAUCUUUGCUUCAAUCGUCAAAAUCCUUUUGUGCGAAGGAAAUGCGUAUGUAAAUGAUCGGUUGGUGCAUAAGCUGCUGCUCCGAGAAGUUUCUGCAGUGCUACAGUUUUUGGGUCAAGGUCAGGAUGAGAGCUUGGAUGUCGCGCCAGCACAGAAGAAUGCGCUCAUUGCGUUGUUGACUUUG